AUGACCCCCGACCCCAAAUGCCCCCAGGCGUCGGUGCUGCUGCCCCGGCUGUGCUCGGACCUGCUGCGGUACCAGCGGCUCGUGGAGUGGCUGCGCCGCGCGGGGGCUCAGGGGCUCGAACCGGAGCUGGGGGCGCUGCGGGGGCGCCUCGAGAGGCUGCGGGGGAGGCUCGACCUGCUGAUGUCGCGGCUGUCGCUGCCCCCCGCCCCCUCGCCCCCCCGGCCGCCCCUCCCCGUGUCUGCGUGGGGGGUCGUGCGUGGGGCCCACGCCGUGAGCCGGAGCCUCCACCUGUACCUGGACUGGGGGGUGCGGGGGCUGCUCCUGCUGCGGCAGCGCCUCUGAGCCCUAAUUUAUUUAAUUUAUUGCCCCUACGCUAAUUAUUCUAAUUAAUAUUCUAAUUAUUGUUCUUAUUUGUAGUCACGGUACCGAAAAUCCCCCCCAAAAGGGCGACCCCUUUUUUAUUUAUUGCCCAGGGAGGGACCCCAAAAAUCCCCCCCCCAAAAUCCAACCCAGGGUUUGGGGAAAAAGAGAGAGAAAAAGGGGAGGGGAAAAAAUAAAAAAUAAAGGGAAGAAAGAGGUGGAAUAAAAGAGGGUUUUGGAAGGGAAAAAAAAAAUAAAGAG